GCGUCCCCUCUCGAGUGAGCCCGAGCGCUCGGCCGCGCCGACUCCGCCGCGCCGGGAGCCCCGAGCCGGGAGGCGGGAGGCGCGCAGCUCCCGGGCCGCUCCGGGCGCCUCGGCCAGCGCGCCCCGCGAGCAUGCUCUAGAGAGGCCGGCGCGCCCCGGGCCCCUGGUCUCCGCUCCCAGACCCUCUCCCGGCGCGCGCCGAGCCCCGCGCCCUCCAGAUGCAGAGAGAGGCUGCGUUCCGCCCCGGGCACUGCCACCCGCUGCGCAUCAUGGGGUCUGUGGACCAAGAAGAACCGAGUGCACAUAAGGUCGCCAGCCCACCCUCCGGACUCGCAUACCAUGAUGAUGUCCUGGACUAUGGCCUCAAGCCAUACAGCCCCCACCCCAAUCUCUCUGGCGAGCCCCCCGGCAGAUUCGGAGAGCCGGAUAGGGUAGGGCCCCAGAACUUUCUGAGUCCGGCCAAGCCAGCUGGGGCCUCAGGCCUGAGCCCUCGGAUCGAGAUCACUCCGUCCCACGAACUGAUGCAGGCAGGGGGACCCCUCCGCGUCCGAGACACUGGCCUCCUGGGGGAGCAGCCGCCCGUGCCCGGGGUGGCCGGCAGCCCGCGGUUCACCCUGCCCGUGCCCGGCUUGGAGAGCUACCGCGAGCCGCUUUGCUUGAGCCCCGCUAGCAGCGGCUCCUCUGCCAGCUUCAUUUCCGACACCUUCUCCCCCUGCACCUCGCCCUGCGUCUCGCCCAAUAACGGCGGGCCCGACGACCUGUGUCCCCAGUUUCAAAACAUCCCUGCUCAUUAUUCCCCCAGAACCUCGCCAAUAAUGUCACCUCGAACCAGCCUCGUUGAGGACAGCUGCCUGGGCCGCCACUCGCCCGUGCCCCGUCCUGCCUCGCGUUCCUCGUCGCCUGGUGCCAAGCGGAGGCACUCGUGUGCUGGGGCCCUGGUCGCCCCGCUGCCCGGAGCCUCGCCCCAGCGCUCCCGGAGCCCCUCGCCGCAGCCCCGGGAGGACGGCGCCCCCGCGGGGUACCCCCCCUCGGCUGGCUCUGCGGUCCUCAUGGAUGCCCUCAACAGCCUGGCGGCGGACUCGCCUUGCGGGAUCCCCCCCAAGAUGUGGAAGACCAGUCCAGACCCCACGCCCGUGUCCGCCGCCCCCCAGAAGGCCGGCUUGCCGCGCCACCUGUACCCCACGGUGGAGUUCCUGGGGCCCUGUGAGCAGGAUGAGCGGAGGAGCUCGGCCCCCGAGUCCAUCUUGCUGGUGCCGCCCACUUGGCCCAAGCAGCUGGUGCCCGCCAUUCCCAUCUGCAGCAUCCCAGUGACUGCAUCACUCCCUCCACUUGAGUGGCCACUAUCUCACCAGUCAGGCUCCUAUGAACUACGGAUUGAAGUGCAGCCCAAACCGCAUCACCGGGCCCAUUAUGAGACAGAAGGCAGCCGAGGGGCUGUGAAAGCUCCAACGGGCGGCCACCCUGUGGUUCAGCUCCACGGCUACAUGGAAAAUAAGCCUCUGGGGCUUCAAAUCUUCAUUGGGACGGCUGACGAGCGGAUCCUUAAGCCCCACGCCUUCUACCAGGUGCACCGGAUCACGGGAAAAACUGUAACCACCACCAGCUACGAGAAGAUUGUCGGCAACACCAAAGUCCUGGAGAUCCCUCUGGAGCCAAAAAACAACAUGAGGGCAACCAUCGACUGUGCAGGGAUCCUGAAGCUGAGAAACGCUGACAUCGAGCUGCGGAAAGGAGAGACCGACAUUGGGAGAAAGAACACCCGAGUGAGGCUGGUUUUUCGGGUGCACAUUCCAGAGUCCAGUGGAAGGAUUGUCUCAUUGCAGACGGCCUCUAACCCCAUCGAGUGUUCCCAGCGAUCGGCCCACGAGCUGCCCAUGGUGGAGAGACAAGACAUCGACAGCUGCCUGGUGUACGGGGGCCAGCAGAUGAUCCUCACGGGCCAGAACUUCACGGCUGAGUCCAAAGUCGUGUUCACGGAGAAGACCACAGAUGGGCAGCAAAUCUGGGAGAUGGAAGCCAUGGUGGAUAAAGACAAGAGCCAGCCUAACAUGCUUUUUGUGGAGAUCCCUGAAUAUCGGAAUAAGCAUAUCCGUGCAUCCGUGAAAGUGAACUUUUACGUCAUCAAUGGGAAGAGAAAACGAAGCCAGCCUCAGCACUUUACCUACCACCCAGUCCCAGCCAUCAAGACAGAGCCCACCGACGAAUACGACCCCACCCUGAUCUGCAGCCCCGCCCACGGGGGCCUGGGCAGCCAGCCUUACUACCCACAGCACCCAAUGGUGGCCGAGUCCCCCUCCUGCCUCGUGGCUACCAUGGCUCCUUGCCAGCAGUUCCGCUCGGGGCUCUCGUCCCCCGACGCCCGCUACCAGCAGCAGAACCCCGCGGCUGUGCUCUACCAGCGGAGCAAGAGCCUGAGCCCCAGCCUGCUGGGCUACCAGCAGCCAGCCCUCAUGGCUGCCCCCCUGCCCAUCGGGGACACCCACCGCUCCGUGCUGGUGCACACGGGCUCCCAGGGCCAGAGCCCGGCCCUGCUGCACUCCUCGCCGGCCGCCCAGCAGGCCUCGCCGGUCAUCCACUACUCGCCCACCAGCCAGCAGCUGCGCUGCGGGGGCCACCAGGAGUUCCAGCACAUCAUGUACUGCGAGAACUUCGCGCCCGGCUCGGCCAGGCCCGGCCCACCCCCCGUCACGCAAGGCCAGAGGCUGAGCCCCGGGUCCUACCCCACGGUCAUCCAGCAGCAGAAUGCCACGAGCCAAAGAGCCGCCAAAAACGGACCCCCGGUCAGUGACCAAAAGGAAGUAUUGCCCACGGGAGUGACAGUCAAACAGGAGCAGGACCUGGACCAGACCUACUUGGAUGAUGUAAAUGAAAUUAUCAGGAAGGAAUUUUCAGGACCUCCUGCCAGAAAUCAGACGUAGACGCUGCCCUUAACAAGACACCUUCUGUAGCUGACCCCGCGGAGCCUUCUCCUCGUUCCCUUUACUGCCCGUCUCCUGGCCGGAGUCCACCUGCGGGACCGUGUCCUGGCAGAACUGACCCCACUAAGGAGCUCACACCUCUCUCUAAACACCAGGGAGAACUCUGCCUCUGGGUUUUUGUUUUAAACCCCAAAGAGCAUCUCAGUUGCCUCUGACCGUGUCCCAUCCAAACCCCAAGUGCCUGCUGACCAAAACCGCCUCAGCCCCCGGCAGCACACUGGACCAGGCCGCGCUGCGUGACCAGAGAUGAGGGCCCCAGACGGGAGGGGCCCCAAUUGGUGGCACUGUCAUUAAACCCCGGCGCUCGCCUUCAUUUCUCCAGGUCACAGACACAGCUCCUGCACCUUUUGAAGGGAGUUCUCCCUCGCAGCAACCAAAGCCACGUGGCCCUGGAGUCCAGACUGAAGCAACUCGAGCCCUCUCUGGGGAGACCGAAGCCGGAUGGCCACUUGGGCAGUGCCUGGUCCUGGCGCAGCUGGGCCACACAGCUAAAGCUUUGACUUUUCUCAUCCUGAAACCCAAACUGUCUGGUCUCGACAGGACCGCCUGGUAAAACGUCACGGCGCUAAGUAACCAUGUGUGGACAUAUGUGACUUUUUUCAGCUUCCAAAAGCUGGCCGCAUGGGGUGGCGCCUUCUCAGCUGUGCUGUUUACCCUGCAGCGUGUGGGGCCACUGCAUUGAGGUGGUCACCCCGGCCGCACCUGCACAACCUUAACCUUUCUAACAACCAGAGUGCUUUCCCAUAAAGUAGUUAAGAGGAAUCUCUAGCAUGUGCAUUGACCUGAGAGGCAUGACAGAAGAGCUAAAGCAGCAACAAAGCAGCAGGUAUUUUUGCUGAAAUGAAGCAACUGGCAGGCCUAAGUGUUUCUCCAAGUGGGUUUCCCCUCCAUGGAACAACAGGGCUGAAUUCCCUCCCUGGCCUGCACCCAGAGCAGGAUACUCGCGCUCAGGACCUGCGGCCCAAGCCUGUUGUUAGUUUAUCUAAACCUACUGGAGGCCUCCCUCUGCCCUAAAGACCAGCUGCUUUUGCUGCCUCAUCACCACAGAAGCGGAGCCACCCGGCACACCCCGUAGUCGCAGUGGGUUCUGCUUGGACCACUCUUGAGUUUCUCCACUGAACACCCCGAGAGUCCUCGCUGUCUUUCUCUAUGGGUGCAGCUCCUGCUGCCAAGUGAGUCCCUCAGUGUUCUUGGCAGGUGUGUUUUUAUCCCACAGAGGUGUCUGUUUGCAUUCUCUGUGGACACCCUGGGGCAAGCCCAGGGCCAUCCGAUCCCUUCCCCAGGGACCACCAGCAGAGCACAGUGUUCCCAGAGCUGCACACAGAGCGACUUCCCAAUCCAAUUUGUUAGACGAAGGCCUGCCGGCCCCUGUCACCCGGGCAGCCUGUGGCCACAGCCUGGAGACCGUUGCCCGCCUGCAGGGGAACCCCCGUCUGCUGCAGCUCUCCCACCUAACACUGUUCAGGGUGCAAGGUUCUGGAAGGCACCAUCCUUCCAAAUUAAUAAAAAGCUCCUUAUACAAAACUUUACCCAAAGAAUUUUCCCGCCAGCAAGACUGACUUCACCAGGGCGGAAUUAAAGUGUUGGUGAGUGAUUUGUUCUCACUUGCCCUGGCGAGGGGCCAGUUGUUGCACAUGAGGGAAUUGGCCUUUCCUCGGUUAUCUGAAUGUCUUACUAACUAAGUGCCUUCCUGCUAUUGUAACAAAGUCGCUCAGCCUCCCUGUGCACGGGCGAAAAAGGGCUAAUGUGUUUUCCAUCAAUCUUCUAAGUGUGUGAGUAGAAAGGGGCUCCCGGAAGCCCCAGCUCCUGUGUGUGCGUGAGUGUGUAACACACGCAGAUCUAAACUCCUCCUUCUAAGACUUCCUCGCUAGAGCGCACAGGAAGCACCUUCAGAAACAGCGUGACUGAGAAGCAAAGGGAAGGAGACAGGGCAUUCGCUUUGAGACAUAGGCAAGAGAAAGGGUGUAGGAACCAGUGCUGCCCAGAAAGUCUCGUCAGUUCCACGUGCCAGGAACAAGCUGCGCCCAGAGUAAUUGCUCAUGAAGUCUUUGCAGUAUGGGAAGAGGCGAUCAGAUCCUCGCAGAGGAGGAGGGAGCAAGGAUGUCUAAACGGUGAAGACCAGUGCCUCGUCUGUUGGAAGGAGCUCGGCAGUGGUGUCGGCACCGGCUACGUCAAGGUCCUGUAAAUAGGUAGCACUUCGCCGACACCCACCACGUGGCUGAAUGUAGUAUAUUUCCAAAGUUUGCAAGUCUUCCUGUUAUUGUACAAAAAUACUGCUGCUUGAUAAUAUAUAAUAGCCAUCCAAAUUAGUAUGUUAUUAAAUUUUAUUUUCUUAUCUGUAUUUUUAUGCUUUUUAUCCUCAAAAUAUCAGACCCCUGUUGGGAUUAGAGAAUAUUUAUAAGUGGUCAGAAAUCCUUUCUAAGUGUCUCUUUUUACAUAGGGAUUUCCCCCCCCCCCCCAAGAGAAAUGAUGUAUUCUUGAAAUGGAAUCAUUCCAGGAAAAAAAAAAAAAAGAAACCAAACCCCAUCUCGGCACCUGUCCGCCAGUCUCUUGUCCCCUGGCAGGAAGCACCUCUGGGGAAGGGGUGACCUGGUAGAAGAAGGGCCCACCCCUGUCUUGCUUGAGCGAGACGCCCACGACCUCUGCUCUGAGCCUCUGUCACUGAGAACUGCAGUGUCUUCGGAUGCCCCACGCUAGAGACCGAGUGACGAUCUGAAGGACAAUUAUAAAACUGCCUGUAGCGAGGGGCUGCCCACGCGUUCACGGCCGCUGCACCCUGCCCGCGAGGCUGAAGUUUACAGAGCUGGAACCCGCAGACCCCCAGCAGGUGAGCAAAGGCCAGGCCAAGUUUCCCAGCUCGGCCAGUUCCUUCUGAGACCUGGGGAGCCCGGCCGUGCCUUGUUCACGCACACCCAGUGGCCAAGACGUCCGGCUCCCACGCAGCUCGGGGGUGCGGGAGUGGCCACACCCGGGCCGGUUGGAAGCUGGUCCAAUGGUCACUCUGGACUCCAGGGAUGCUGAAUGUUUAUUUUCAUGUCAAAAACACUCUCUAAGCGCUAUUGUUCAGAACUGAAAGACUGUCAGGGGUCUGGCUGGCGACUGUUCACGCGUUUACAAGAGGCUCGGGGUGGUGCCAUUCUGGACACACGGGGCAGCCCUCCCCCAGCUCACUUUCUGGAGGGACAGCCUCUGGCAGCAGGUACCCCACACGACUUCCUUUGGCUUUCCCAAGCUUAGGGCUCGGGCAUUAAUCUCAUGGAGCCAAAUCAGUGUUUUCCCACCUUCUGACUCCAAGUUUAAGAGAAAGAUGCACCACUGAGGAGCGACAGGGACAACACUGCCCUUGCUUUCCCCAGUGUUUCCGCCAUCACUGUCUUAACUGAAGUUUGUUUCAGACAAACUUUUCUAGUGGUUGGUGCACCAGGGAUGCUCCCUGAACAAGCCCCUCUGGAAAGGAGAUGGGGUGCUGGGUGCCGGCAGCAGCGCUCGCCCUCCGUCUUGACGCGGCUGUUGGCUGCAUGAAAUUCAGGGUCUGGAUGAACUGGCUACCACUGGCGCCGAUUCAGUCAGUGCCUGAGCACGCAGCUUUGACUGGCCUGAGCAGAGGGCAGCUCUGGCGUCUGCGCCUCUUGUCACAGAGCCUCACUGCCCCGGUCACCUCUGCAGCCCUCAGAGGGGAGAAAAUGUUGGGGGUGUCCUGUGUGAUAGCUCUCCAACAAUAACGCUCUCCAACAGGUGGUGCUGGAAGGCUUUGAAAAGCUUGACUGAUAAGUUGGAAUACAUCACAUUCCUAUGCAAAAUGUUUUUAAUCUCCUGUUUAAUGUAGUUUAUUUUUGCUAUAUGUAAAGUAUUUUUAUACGGCUUGUAUCAUGAUAGUUUAGCAAUAAAACAGUCAGAAGCAAUGGUGACUGGUGUCUGUCCUCUC